AUGUCAACACUAGAGGAAUUAAGUUCCGAAGAUUUGGGAUUCAAGCUCUCAACAAGAGAGCAUGGCCUUAAAAUCUUUGAACAUGGUGUUGACUUACAAAAGGCGAUUGUCGAUGACUUGCAAUUGCUUGCAAUUGCAAAUAUCAAAGGCUAUUUCGUUUGUUCAAAUACAUCUGCUAUUCUGUAUGGUAAUAUAGAUGCUAUAGAUGUGGAUAAUACUGAUCAAUCGUUCGAUAUCAUUGAAAAUGUGGGAUACGUAACUCAAAUAUAUUUUGAUUGCGAAGAGGCAAAGGUCCUUGUUAUAUCAGAUCACAGUUUGAAGUACAUUGAUACUGUUGACUUAUUUGGCCCAGAGAACUCCAAAUCCUUGAAGGAGCUCGAAGUCUUGAAAGAAUCAGAUGUAGGAAAUGUUGCAAGUUUUCAGCCUUGUCCUCUGAGAUCAGAUUCAUUAGCAAUUUUAAAUGACAAAAGGGAUCUUUAUGUGGUUCAAGGAAAUUUGGUAAGAAAAAUUCAUGAAGAAGUAUGCACUUUCUCUUGGGACUCUGAAGGAAACAUUUUGUAUGGUGCUAAGAGCUAUAUAAUUAUCGAUUCCCCGACAGGAGAUAAACGAAGUGAAAUACCAAUUUCGUUUGAAGAUUUUGAAGAUUUUGAAGUACUGGAAUAUAAGGUGGUAUAUUUAAAGAGAUUAAACUCUGAUUCUUUUUUUGUGGUAUACGAUCAAACUAAUAUAGCCAUAGAUGAGCACAAUGUCAGAUCUUUUAUUAUAGAGAAAGAUGAAAGUGACAAAGGGAGCGCAAAAGAGAUUGAUAUUGCACCUCCGUUUGGUUCUGCGUCUCGUGCAUCCACAUAUUAUAUCGUUUUUUUGUCAAAUUGGAUCCCUGAAAAUGACCUUUAUUUUGUGACAUCAUCCUUGACCACGGAUGUGGGUACUAUAUUAAUAGGAAAAGAUCGAAAAUUGGUAUCUUUGAUCCAAGCCGAAGAUACAGACCGUGCACAGUUUCCUAUUGAUGAAAACUCAGGUGAUGAUGCUUCCUCUAUUGGCUUUGCAAUUGACUUAACUGGUACAGAAACUAUUGUAAAGAGUCCAUGUAAUGGCGUUGAGGAAGCUAAGGGGGUCUUGCCACGCUUAUGGGCUUUGACUCAUACUGGCAGGUUAAUGAGUUGGUGGGUCUUUGAUAAGAAAUGCAUCAUGGAUGAAAAGCUUACUUUAAGUCGGCCUUUGGAUUUAAUAAAGACAGUUGCCUCAAGACUGCAUGCAUUUUCAGAGGAAAGUAAUAUGAAUAGAUCGGGAGCUACAAAAUCUUCUCUUGGAGAUUCAUCAACCACUUCAGCAAUCAAAGAUUCAAGUAACAAAACCGUAGACGUUCUCGAGAAGUCAAACCUGGUGGAAAAUCCUUUUGGUUCUUCUGUCUCUAAUGUGUUUAACCAUAAAAUAAACUCCAUAAACUCAGACAAAGAACAUGACGUAUCAGAGAAGUCUGGAUCUGUGUUCAAAGAAUCAUUACCAAAUGUUGAGAUUGAUGAUAGGAGAUCCACAUUCAAUAUGUCAUCUCCAUUCGGUAAUUUGGGCAAAGAUGGCCCUCAUUCCAUAAAAAGUGCUCCCAGUUUUAAUGAUAGCUCUUCAGUAUUUGGAAAUGCUAGUCUUGAUACUAAAAAAGUUGGAUCCGAUGGUGGCAAUUCGGGCUCUACAAAGGAGGAUAUUCGGUCAAACUCCAAAGAAUCUCCGGCAGUUGGUUCUGGUUUUGGGUCUUCGGGCUUUGGGUCUUCUUCGGGCUUUGGUUCUUCUGGGUUUGGCCUGUCAGCCGUUGGGUCUUGGGGUAACAGCUCAUCUGGUUUCGGUUCUUCUGGCUUUGGGAAACGUCAACUGGAGCCUGAAACUAGAAAAAAUGAAGGGAGUAAAAUCGAAUUUGGGAAAACUGGUUUCUCUUCUACCCCUGUUCAUAGUGAGGUCGGAUCUUCUAUAUUUGGUCAAAGCAAUUUGGGUCAAAAACCCAAGGAACCAGCAGCUUUUGGCUCGUCCAGUUUCGGCGAAACUGGGUUCCAAUCCAAGUUUGGUAUUUCUUCCAGCUUUGGAUCGAAGAGCAACGAAACUAAGCCUACGUUUAAACAGAUGGGUGCGGAAAAUGAAACUUCUAAGAAAAGCGCAGGUUUUGGUACUUCUAGCUUUGGAAGCAGCACUUUUGGACAGUACUCUAAUCCACAGGUUUCUGCGGAUGGAUCUAACUCCCCAUUUUCUGCCCUUAAAAACAGAAACUCGAUGUCCUCUCCGUUUGCGGCUUUGAGUCAAAGAGGGAAUCAUGUCAUUGAUGAUGAUGGUACUAAUGUCUCAGAGGCAAAGGAGCCCGAGAGAUCAUUACAAGAUGUAAAUAAUUUGAGUAUUUCACAAGAAGGGUCGUUGAAGAAUGAAAGUAUUUCGUCUAAGGAUGUGAGCAAGGAUCUUACUUUUGAUAACUUUGGGGAAGCUUUGCAAGACUCAUUGAAUUUUGGCUCUAAUGAUGUGGAUUCAUCUGAUAACGAGACUAUGGAUUCUGAAGAGUCUUCUCCUAGUGGUAGUUCCCCAGAAUAUCUCAAAAAGUCUAAUGUACCAGUGGAUAGUAAUAAAUCGCAUCACAUUGGACAAGAAAGUUCUCGAGAAACCGGUGACAUUGAACGCAGGAGAGAUUCUGAACCUGGCAAUGAAGAAUUGGGCCAAGGAGAAGAGCUGGAUGAGAAUCAACAUAGCUAUGAGGAGAGAGAAAGUUAUGGGAGAGAAGAUGACGAAGAAAAAGGAGAAAAAGGAGAAAAAGGAGAAAAGGAAGAAAAGAUAGAAGAGAAAAAUUCAGAAAGUAACAUUCUAAGUAAAGAAAACGAGACAGGUAUAAGUGAGAGUGGAACGAAUAUUGAAAAACCAGUUUUUACUCCUCCCAAUGAAAUUGUGAACCAGCGUGGCCCAAUUUUUGUUAAUAAACUUUCAGAUGAUUCUAAGGCGUCUUCUUUGAAUGUGCCUGAAAAACAUACAAGCGAUCUCGAUACUCACUAUGCAAGUAAAAAUGAUAUGUCGCCAUUGAGUGAAGACAAGACAAAUUUAGAGGAAGAAAAGGAUGCCCAAGAAUUACCUCAUACCCUGUGUGGAUUUCUACAGUUUGAUGGGUUUACAUCACAACCAAAAAUUACAGCUAGUGAAACGCAGCAAAAGAUUGUUGAAAUAAUUGAAAACACAACUGGGUACUUAGCAAUUCUAUCGAAGAAUGUCGAUCUUUUGAACAAGUUUCUUUCGUCUCACUCACCUUCGGAGAGAGAUACUUUUUCUGCUGAGUCUCUCUUUUUUCCAGAAUCAUGGAAACUUUCAUCUGCCCCACAUUUAAGUGAAUUAGCUGGCAAUAAGAAGUCAAAUAUUGAAAGCGACUUGAAGGAGUUACGAAAUCACGACUCUAGUCUUACGGAGUUGACGCAAAGAAUUCAAAGAAAUCAAGAAGAAAAAAUCUUUUUAGACAAAUUGAUAAGUGAUUUAGCAUUGCUAGCAGAUAACUCCUCUCGUCCUAUUUUAAACGAACGUCCCUUGGAUUUGCAAAAUCAAUUAAUGCAAAAGCAGUUACGCCAAAAACUUCAUAACAUUAAGUCUUUGGAGAAAACGCUUCUCAGUAAGAUGAUGCCUAUCAAAGCCAAAGUCUCCUUCACCUAUGAUUCAGUUACAAAUAUUGAGAAGGUCAUUUUUCAAAUCAACGAACGUGUUCUCAAGCAUCUAUAUAAUAUCGACAAUUUGGCGAAAAGUGUCAACACGCUUAAUAUCACCGAUAGUCAACCGGAAGUACAUCCUAAGGAAGAUUUAAAGAGCAGCGUCUUAAUUUCCGCUAAAUUUAAAUUAUUCGAUCAGUUGCGUAGCGCCAAGGUGACUCCAAGAUUAGUAGAUUUAAAUAUGAAGCCAUGA